AUGUGUGGUAUUUUUGGUUACUGUAACUACUUGGUGGAGAAAUCUCGAGGCGAGAUCAUCGAUACUUUAGUUGACGGUUUGCAAAGAUUGGAGUAUAGAGGUUACGACUCGACCGGUAUUGCCAUUGAUGGUGAUGAACCAGACUCUACACUUGUUUACAAGCAGAUUGGUAAAGUCAGUGCUCUAAAAGAAGAGAUCGCUGAACAUCACCCAAAGAGAGAUGUGACUUUUGUGUCCCAUUGUGGUAUUGCGCACACUAGAUGGGCUACUCACGGUGAACCAAAACAAGUCAAUUGUCAUCCUCAAAAAUCUGAUCCAACAGGUGAAUUUGUGAUUGUUCACAACGGUAUUAUUACUAAUUUUAGAGAAUUAAAGACAUUGUUGUCGAACAAGGGUUACUCCUUUGAGAGUGACACUGAUACCGAGUGUAUUGCCAAGCUUUUCAAGCACUUGUACGAUACCAAUAUCCAGAAUGGUAAUGAGCUGGAUUUCCAUGAGUUGACCAAGCUGGUUCUUUUAGAGCUAGAAGGUUCGUACGGUUUGCUUUGUAGAUCUUCUCAUUAUCCAGAUGAGGUUAUGGCCACUAGAAAGGGCUCUCCACUGUUGAUCGGUGUGAAGUCUGAAAAGAAAUUGAAGGUCGAUUUCGUCGACGUUGAAUUUCCGGACGAUAACGCUCAACCGGAAACUCCCUUGGUUUCUGAAAGAUCAAAUGGAUUAGCCUCGAGCCGAAAUCUGACUGUUAACGGUGGAAGAAAAGUUCGCCUUUUCGACCACGAGGAUAGAGGCAACAGCAACCUUCUACCGAUCGCUGCUAAUGAGUUCAAUUUGAGACACUCACAAUCAAGAGCUUUCUUAUCUGAGGACGGUACGCCAAACCCAGUCGAAUUCUUCUUGUCCUCCGAUGCUUCUUCGGUGAUCAAGCAUACCAAGAAAGUGCUGUUUUUAGAGGAUAAUGAUAUUGCUCAUAUUUAUGAUGGUGAAAUUCAUAUCCACAGAUCCAGAAGAGAGGUCGGUGCUUCGAUGACCAGAUCUAUUCAGACUCUGGAAAUGGAACUGGCUCAAAUCAUGAAGGGACCAUACAAGCAUUUCAUGCAAAAGGAAAUCUUCGAACAACCAGAGUCUACGUUGAACACUAUGAGGGGUAGAAUCGAUUUUGAAAACAACAGUGUCAUGCUAGGUGGUUUACAAGCUUGGUUACCGGCCAUUAGAAGAGCUCGUAGAUUGAUCAUGAUUGCUUGUGGCACUUCGUACCAUUCUUGUUUGGCUACGCGUGCCAUCUUUGAAGAGCUAUCAGAGAUCCCGGUAAGCGUGGAACUAGCAUCUGAUUUCCUUGACCGAAAAUCUCCAGUCUUCAGAGAUGACAUUUGUGUCUUCGUCUCUCAAAGUGGUGAAACUGCUGAUACAAUGUUAGCACUAAAUUACUGUUUGGAGAGAGGUGCGUUGACUGUUGGUAUUGUGAACAGUGUGGGUUCUUCAAUCUCUAGAAUAACUCAUUGUGGUGUCCACAUAAAUGCAGGUCCAGAGAUUGGUGUUGCCUCAACGAAGGCUUACACAUCGCAAUAUAUCGCUCUUGUGAUGGUUGCACUGUCACUAUCUGAUGAUAGAGUUUCCAAGAUAGAAAGAAGAGGUGAUAUCAUGCAAGGCUUGAAGAAAAUACCUCAACAAAUCAAGGAAGUUCUACAACUAGAGGGAAAGAUCAAGCAACUCUGUGAAAAGGACCUAAAGGACCAAAAAUCUCUACUGUUGCUGGGAAGAGGAUACCAAUUCGCGUCUGCAUUGGAAGGCGCCUUGAAGAUCAAAGAAAUUUCUUACAUGCACUCCGAAGGUGUUCUUGCCGGUGAGUUGAAACACGGUGUUCUUGCAUUGGUUGACGAAGAUUUGCCGAUCAUUGCCUUUGGUACCAGAGACUCUUUGUUCCCCAAGGUUGUCUCUUCCAUUGAACAAGUUACUGCAAGAAAGGGCCAUCCGAUUGUCAUUUGUAACAAGAAUGACGAGGUUUGGGAAAAGAAGGCCGCAACUACCAAGAUGGUCACUUUAGAAGUUCCUCAAACUGUCGACUGUUUACAAGGCCUAUUGAACAUUAUUCCACUACAACUGAUUUCAUAUUGGUUAGCAGUGAACAAAGGCAUUGAUGUCGACUUCCCAAGAAAUUUGGCAAAAUCUGUCACUGUUGAAUAA